CACUUGAAAAAGGUGAAAAACAAAUGAAAUUGGUUCGGUUGGGUCGAAUUUGCAUAUUUUAAGUUGCAGGCUAAAUUGAUUCAACCGGAUCUAAUCGGUCCGAUUCUUCCGGUUUUUUGGUCCAAAUACCCAGCCCCCAAACAUACACACAUAAUAAUAUGGUGAGGGAUGAAGAGAAAUGGUGCAGUGAAACCCCAAAUGAGAAGCGCACAUAAAAACACCCAUUGCUGCAUUUCCCGCGAGUUCUCCGCAGCAGCGGCCAAGAACGCCAACAAAAUCGCCGUCGUGCACACCUCCGGUGGGGCCCUCCUUUCCCCACAACUCCGUACCCGCACCUCCAUCGAGGAUGCUGCUCCUGCUCCCGUCCGGCGACUCCUUUAUGACGGCGACCACUCCUUCACCUACUCCCAUCUCUUCUCAGCCGUCGGUUCACUCACCUCCCAGCUCCUCUCCACCCCUAGACUUCCCUGUAAUUACAACAAGCCCAGCCGGAGAAUCUUCGGCUUAUACAUGCCGCCCUCGGCGGAGUACAUAGUGUCCGUGCUUUCAGUUUUGAGGUGCGGAGAGGCCUUUCUGCCUCUGGACCCUUCGUGGCCCAAACAGAGGCUACUUUCGGUAAUCUCGUCGGCCAAUGUCGACCUCAUCAUCGCCUGCACGACGCCGUUCGGGUUCGAAUCCGACUCGAAUUGGCUACCGGAGGCCUGCGGUCGUCGCGUUUUGUGGUUCUCAAUGGAAGAGCGUAAAAAUGGAGGGAUCGAUUGGCAUUGGGCUUGCAAAUGUGAGAGUGUGAAGGAGAGGCCGUGCUGGUGUUAUUUGAUGUACACUUCGGGUUCGACUGGGAAGCCGAAAGGUGUGUGUGGAACUGAGCAAGGUCUUUUGAAUCGGUUUCUAUGGAUGCAAGAGUUGUAUCCACUGUUUGGAGACGAGGUUUUGUUGUUCAAGACAGGGAUAAGCUUUGUUGAUCACCUGCAAGAGUUUCUUAGCGCUAUUCUCACUGGUUGUACUUUGGUUAUACCUCCUUUCAAUCACCUUAAGCGCAAUGUGUUUUCGCUUGUAGAUUUUCUACUGGCUUACUCUGUCAAUAGACUUACUGCUGUUCCAUCACUUAUGAGAACAAUACUUCCAUCUUUACAAGGUCAAGAUGACGAGCAGCUUCCAAUGUCAUUGGAUUUGUUAGUGUUAAGCGGCGAAGUUUUGCCUUUAUCCUUAUGGGAUAUGCUCUCCAAGAUAUUACCGAGGACCACUAUUUUGAAUUUGUAUGGGAGUACUGAGGUGUCUGGUGAUUGUACAUAUUUUGAUUGCAAGAGAUUGCCAUUGAUUUUGGCGGCAGACCCACUAACAACUGUUCCAAUUGGUAUGCCUAUUGUUAAUUGUGACGUCGUACUUAUUGGUGGUGAUGAUGUAUCCAAUGAGGGAGAAAUUUAUGUCGCUGGUGUAUGCAAUUCUUCUGGAUACUAUUCUGAUUCUAUAGUUACUCCUUUGGACACUGUAAAGUUGUCUCAAGAUUCUGUUUGUUGCAGUUCUGUAAAUGGACAUAAAAGUCAAUAUUAUUUUCGGACGGGUGAUUUUGCUAAACAGCUUCGUAGCGGUGACUUGGUUUUCUUAGGUAGAAAAGACCGUACAAUUAAGCUCAAUGGGCAGCGUAUUGCUUUAGAGGAAAUUGAAGAUACAGUGAGGGGACAUUCAGAUGUAAUUGAUGCUGCUGUAAUUUUUCAUAAAGUUCAAGGGGAACUUAUGCUACUCGUAGCAUUUAUAAUAUUAAGAGAGGGAAUACCCAAGGAAAUAUUCAGAGCUACCAUCAAAAGUUGGAUGGCUGACAAACUUCCAUUAGCAAUGAUUCCUGGCCACAUUGUUGUUACUGAAUCAUUUCCUGUAUCUUCUAGUGGAAAAAUUAACUAUGAGUUGUUGGCAGACUCAGUAUUUCUUGCAAAGCAUGUCCAAGAUGGGCUUGGUGACAUUGGGAGCAGCAACCUACUGCAACUAGUAAAAACGGCCUUUAGAGAUGUUUUAGGUGUUGAAGAGAUUUCUGAUGAUGAUGAUUUCUUUACUAUGGGUGGAAAUUCUAUUGCUGCUGCACAUCUUUCUAAUAAUAUAGGAGUUGAUAUGCGAUUGAUAUAUUGCUUUCCAAGUCCAUCCAUGCUUUGUACUGCUCUUUUAGAGAGAAAAGAAUCAUUGAAUAUAAACGUCAGUAGAGAUGCUAAAUCAAAGAUGAAUCUGGAAGGGGGUAAACCAAGUUUUUUUCAUGUUCACUCUGACACUCCUGCUGCAGUAAAUUUUGAUGAGCAGAGGAGAUUACUAAGAACUCUUUCUGGAAGAAGUGAAGAUAAUGCAAUUAUCUCUAAACGCUUGAAACUGGAUUCAAACAUAAAUGUUGCUGGUGGUAGUAGUCCAGCAAAUGGGUAUCCAUGGAAUUCUGUGGCAAUAUGUGCGUCUUGUUCUUUUAGCCGGUGCAACAAAGUUGUGUAUGAAGGUGGGUCCAUGGUGAAAGAUAUUUGUCAAGCAACCUGUUCUGUGAUGGUCCCGAAAAGUAGAAAUGUUCCUAUGCAAGAAUCAUGGAAAGUUUACAUGGGAUCAUGUGUUGAUGCAUCACCAAUUAUUGUUCAUAAAGGCCAGGAUAUCUACUUAUUUAUUGGAUCACACUCACAUAAAUUUAUGUGUGUUAAUGCCAGAAGUGGUUCUGUCCAGUGGGAGAUAAAACUAGAAGGACGUGUGGAAUGCUCAGCAGCAAUUCUUAGUGACUUCACACAGGUUGUAGUUGGAUGCUACAGAGGGAAAAUAUACUUCCUUGAUUUUUUGAACGGUAACAUCUGUUGGACUUUCCAAACAUCUGGUGAGGUAAAGUCACAGCCUGUCAUAGACAGUCAGAGACAAUUGAUCUGGUGUGGAUCAUAUGACCAUAACUUGUAUGCUCUAGAUUACAAAAACCAUUGCUGUGUAUAUCAGCUUCCAUGUGGUGGGAGUAUCUAUGGGUCACCUGCAAUUGAUGAGAUGAAUAAUAUACUUUAUGUGGCUUCUACGAGUGGCCAAAUGACAGCCAUAUCAAUCGCGGCAUUCCCAUUUUCUAUUCUGUGGCUGCAUGAGCUAGAAGCGCCAGUGUUUGGUUCUCUUGCCAUCAAUGCUCUGAGUGGAAAUAUUAUAUGUUGCUUAGUGGACGGUCAUGUUCUCGCAUUGGAUACAAGUGGAUCUGUUAUUUGGAGGUAUAGAACUGCUGGACCUAUAUUUGCUGGAGCCUGCAUGUCUUCUGCUCUUCCUUUUCAGGCACUCAUAUGCUCUCGAGAUGGAAGCAUCUACUCACUUGAACUGGAAACGGGAGAUUUACUCUGGCAGUACAAUGUUAAGGAUCCAAUAACUUCAUCCGCUUAUGUGGAUGAGCACUUAAGCUUGGUAUCUGAUCGAUCUAACUUGCCAGACAGGUUGGUUUGUAUCUGUUCCAGCUCAGGAAGUGUCUAUUUGCUUCGGGUAAAAUCGGGUGUCACCAAAGUGGCAAAUGAACUGAUAGAUGUUGUGGAAUUUUCCAGACUGGACCUCGCAGGAGAUGUAUUUUCUUCACCUGUAAUGAUUGGUGGCAGAAUUUUUGUUGGUUGUAGGGAUGAUUAUAUACACUGCAUUACUGUGAAGGCCUAGGACCAAUAGGUUCUGUAUAUAUGGAUUGUGUUAAAUAUGGCUGUGAAGUCAUUUUAGGCCGAAUAAUUUAAAAAGAAAAAUCAUUUAUCAA